GGGGGGGAGAGAGAGAGAGAGAGAGAGAGACGCCCGCCCAUAGGCGGAAGACGGAUGAGGGAGGGGAGAGACUGCCAAUCAGGCGGCGCCUCCCACCCGCGGACGCCGAGAGGGCGCCUGCGAUUGGAGUGGCGCCGGACCAAUGGCAGUCGCGUUUACUGGCGGGUGCCGAGCGGAGACGGAGGCAGAGAGUGAGAGAGAGAUAGAGCGAGCGGGGGAGGGGUUAAAAGUAGGAAUUAAAUAAACAACCUUCGGAAAAAGGGAGGACGCCGAGGAAAAAUAAACCGAGCGGUCGAUAAACCUGGCGACGAGGGAGCGGCGUCGAAAGUUCGAGAAGUUGUUUUUUUUUCGGGCGGGGGGGGAAAAAAAACCCCAGAAAACGCGCGCGGAGCGAUAUUUAAAUUUCCUCCGAAGAUAAAAAAAUAACAAGGAAAGACAAAACUCACGGCGAUGAGCGGCGGAGGGGGAGCUCCCGGAGCGAAGCUGCCGCGUCUGGAGGCGCCAGAGCGCGGGGACCAACCGCCGUCCUCGCCCGCGACGGCGGCGACGACGACGACCCCGGCCCAGGUCGCCGUGGCAACCGCCGCCGCCGCCGCCGCGGGGGAGACGCAGCGCGCGCUCGAGGCGGUGGACGCGUGCCAGCGCGAGCUGGAGGCGCUGAACGAGCGCGCCGGCGAGGAGAUCCUGCGGGUCGAGCGCAAGUACGGCGAGCUGCGGCGGCCGCACUUCGAGCGCCGCAACCGGCUCAUCGAGGACAUCCCCGGCUUCUGGGUCACCGCCGUAUCCUUUACGCCCGCGCCGCUCACUCGCGACAGAGUCGCGCCCCUCCCUCGCGUUGCACGUCUUGCAUUGCGGCGUAGUUGCCCCCCCUCCGCGUUGCACCUCUCAUAUUGCAGCGUAGUUGCGUCCUCCCUGCAUUGCACAUCUCAUAUUGCGGCAUAG